AUGACCAUAGAGGACCUUCCAGAUAUUUCAUUAGAAGGAAAUCCUUUGAUUGGAAGAUACCCAUUUUUGUUUCCAGGUUCAGAUACACCAGUGAUCUUUUCCAUUUCUGCAGCACCAAUGCCUUCAGACUGCGAAUUUUCUUUCUUUGAUCCUAAUGAUACAUCAUGCCAGGAAAUUCUGUUUGAUCCCAAAACUUCAGUAUCAGAAUUAUUUGCCAUUUUAAGACAGUGGGUUCCUCAGGUCCAGCAGAACAUUGACAUUAUUGGAAAUGAGAUUCUUAAGAGAGGUUGCAAUGUGAAUGACAGAGAUGGUUUGACAGAUAUGACUCUUUUACAUUAUACCUGCAAAUCUGGAGCUCAUGGUAUUGGUGAUGUUGAGACAGCUGUAAAAUUUGCAACUCAACUUAUGGAUCUGGGAGCAGAUGCUAGUUUGCGCAGCCGCUGGACAAACAUGAAUGCUUUGCAUUAUGCCUCUUACUUUGAUGUCCCCGAGCUUGUAAGAGUGAUUCUGAAGACAUCAAAACCAAAAGAUGUGGAUGCCACUUGCAGUGACUUUCACUUUGGAACAGCUCUGCACAUUGCGGCAUAUAACUUGUGUAUAGGUGCUGUGAAAUGCUUACUGGAGCAUGGAGCCAAUCCCGCAUUCAGGAAUGACAAAGGACAGAUCCCUGCUGAUGUUGUUCCGGACCCAGUAGAUAUGCCAUUAGAAAUGGCAGAUGCAGCGGCAACUGCCAAAGAAAUCAAGCAGAUUCUAUUAGAUGCAGUGCCUCUGUCAUGUGAUAUCUCAAAGGCGAUGCUGCCAAAUUACGAUCAUGUUACCAGCAAGGCAAUGCUGACAUCACUUGGCCUUAAGUUGGGGGAUCGUGUUGUGAUUGCAGGACAGAAGGUUGGAACAUUAAGAUUUUGUGGAACAACUGAAUUUGCAAGUGGGCAGUGGGCUGGUAUUGAAUUGGAUGAACCAGAAGGAAAAAACAAUGGAAGUGUUGGAAAAGUCCAGUACUUUAAAUGUGCCCCUAAAUAUGGUAUCUUUGCACCACUUUCAAAGAUAAGUAAAGCAAAAGACCGAAGGAAGAAUGUUGUACAAACUUCUUCCACAAAAGCUUUACCUGUCACCCGGUCCCAGAAAAUUGAUGUAACCCAUGUAACGUCGAAAGUAAACACUGGGCCGAAUUCCUCAACAACUUCUGUAGCAAAUAAAACCAGUUGUGAAGGAGAACUCCACCUUGGAGACAGAGUGUUGGUGGUAGGCCAGAGAAUUGGUACCAUUAAGUUCUUUGGGACAACAAACUUUGCUCCAGGGUAUUGGUAUGGUAUUGAGCUUGAAAAACCCCACGGCAAGAAUGAUGGUUCAGUUGGAGGUGUGCAGUAUUUUAGUUGUUCUCCAAGAUAUGGAAUAUUUGCUCCCCCAUCCAGGGUGCAAAGAAUAACAGAUUCCCUGGAUACUCUUUCAGAAAUUUCAUCAAAUAAACAGAAUCAUUCUUAUCCUGGUUUUAGGAGAAGUUUCAGUACAACUUCUGCUUCUUCCCAAAAAGAGAUUAAUAGAAGAAAUGCUUUUGCCAAAUCAAAGACUAAUUUGCGUCGUAGUUGGAGCAGCACUACCACUACUAUUGAAGGGAGCGUGAAGCUGCAAGAGGGCUCUCAGGUCCUCCUCACGAGUUCUAAUGAGAUGGGUAUUGUUAGGUAUGUGGGCCCCACGGACUUUGCUUCAGGUGUCUGGAUUGGACUUGAGCUUCGAAGUGCCAAGGGAAAAAAUGAUGGAGCCGUGGGUGACAAACGAUACUUUACUUGUAAGCCAAACUACGGAGUCUUAGUUAGACCAAGCAGAGUAACCUACCGGGGAAUUAAUGGGUCAAAGCUUGUGGAUGCAAAUUGUUGA